ACGGUGUGCGCACGCUUGGCAAAGGGUAAACAUUCGUGUGUCCCUGAGCUUUGAGGGAGGGAACGGAGAGAACUGUCAGAGAGGAAGAGGGGGAGAACGAGCGAGCGAAUGAGAGAGAAAGCUUGCAACUAUCACCGUGCACUGCAAUACCGGAUUGUACUUCAGCUGGAGUUAGUGGGGUUUGCAGCUUUAAAUACAUCAAAACAGAACAAAGAGAACGCGUCUGCGGCACAAUAAAAGAACACGCUAAAGAAAGGGGGGAAACAAAAAGGAAAAAUCUUGGCGGCAAAAUCGCAAAAGAGCAAAGGAUCCUUCGUCGAUAUAUAUAUAUAUAUAUCUCUAUAUAUAUAUAUAUAAUUUUUUUUUCAUUGAACAAGGAGGAACUUCAAAAAGGAUUCAGUUUUUUCGGGUGGAGAGUGCAAAAAGCUGCACAGGCACAAAAAGUUUGCAGGCAAAACAACAACAAAAAAAUCUAUUUUAAUUUAACAUUUGAAAACAAACUUUUCUGAAGACUGUUCUGGGUAUCAAAGGGCUUCUAAGUGCUGACUUUCUUGAACGUUUAUCAACGUGGAUCCUAGUUCUUCUUUCCAUUUUAUGCAUAUUCAUAUUGUUUGUUAAAUACAUGAUUUUUGUGAAAAGAAAACCGGGCGGAUUUGACGAAACUCAAAAUUCUUUGUUUUCUGUCCUCCUCCGUUUUGGUCUUCAACAACAAGUCAAUGGUAUGAGCCAGAAUACUACCCAGACUUUUAAAGUGUGAAUAAUUCAUGGAUUAGAAUUUGCCUGCUUGAAAAAAGAAAGUUAGAUAAAACGAGGGAGGGGGGAUAAUAAAGAGACAUAUUCAUAAGGGUUAACGGAAUGGCCACUGCGGCUUCCAACCCCUAUCUGCCCAGCAAUAGUAUUCUAUCGUCAGGCUCGAUCGUCCAUUCUGACUCUGGAGGUGGUAUGCAGCCGGGCAGCGCUGCCGUAACCUCGGUGUCCGGCGGGUACAGGGGAGAUCCCACAGUAAAGAUGGUGCAGAGCGACUUCAUGCAGGGUGCCAUGGCGGCGAGCAACGGGGGUCAUAUGCUGAGCCAUGCCCAUCAGUGGGUGACAUCCCUGCCUCACGCCGCCGCCGCUGCAGCUGCGGCCGCCGUGGCAGCAGCAGAAGCCGGGUCCCCUUGGUCGUCUAGUCCCGUUGGAAUGACGGGCAGCCCUCAGCAGCAGGACGUCAAAAAUAAUUCGGGCAGGGACGAUCUACACACAGGCACCGCGCUACAUCACAGGCCCCCUCAUCUUGGUUCCCACCAGACACACCCAGGAGCUUGGGGUGGUACCACUGCGGCUCACAUCCCUUCGAUAGCGGGUGGACAGCAGCAGCAACAGUCGCUGAUUUAUUCCCAGCCUGGUGGUUUCACCGUGAACGGGAUGCUGAGUCCGCCGGGGAGUCAGAGCUUGGUGCACCCGAGUUUGGUGCGAGGAGACACCCCGGAGCUCGACCACGGAAGCCAUCACCACCAUCACCACCACCAGCAUCAGCACCAUCAGCAGCCGCACCACGGCGGAGUUAGCAGCCACGACCCGCAUUCAGACGAGGACACGCCGACUUCCGACGACCUGGAGCAGUUCGCCAAGCAGUUCAAACAGCGCCGGAUCAAACUGGGCUUCACCCAGGCGGACGUCGGCUUGGCUUUGGGGACCCUGUACGGAAAUGUCUUCUCUCAGACCACAAUCUGCAGGUUCGAAGCGCUCCAAUUGAGCUUCAAAAACAUGUGCAAGCUGAAGCCGUUAUUGAAUAAAUGGCUGGAGGAAGCUGAUUCGUCCACCGGGAGUCCCACUAGCAUCGACAAGAUAGCGGCGCAAGGCAGGAAACGAAAGAAGCGCACCUCGAUCGAAGUGAGUGUGAAGGGGGCUUUGGAAAGUCACUUCUUGAAAUGUCCAAAACCCUCUGCCCAGGAGAUAACUUCUCUGGCUGACAGCUUGCAGUUGGAGAAAGAAGUUGUCAGAGUCUGGUUUUGCAAUCGGAGGCAGAAAGAGAAAAGGAUGACGCCCCCGGGAGUGCCGCAGACGCCGGAGGAUGUGUACUCUCAGGUCGGCAAUGGUCACUUUUUAGUAGAUUACUUAAAAGAUGCGAGUGUAACUGGGCCGAGCGAACCAUGCGACCAGAGGGUGACAACAACAAGUUCGUUCCAUCAGGUAAUUUUGGCGCACUAACAUGAACACGAAAAAAAAAGAAAAAACACAACCAA